GAGUUGGUAACACUGGACAUAACCUACAACCGGCGCUAAUCACGUUUCGCGAAUUCAAGGAGAAUCUUCGAGAAGUUUAAGUUUUCAGAGUAAUCUGAAUUCUCUCUGAACUCCAAUAAAUCAUUCCAUUUGAGUGAAAAAAUGUUGCGCUUGCCUCGUGUAGUUCGCCAAACGGUAUCAUUGAACAAAACCCACCAUUUUUCAAGAUUCUAUGCCAAAGAUGUAAGAUUCGGUGCUGAUGUAAGAGCGCUGAUGCUACAGGGCGUAGACGUCCUCGCCGAUGCCGUCGCCGUCACAAUGGGACCAAAAGGUAGAAACGUAAUUUUGGAGCAGUCGUGGGGCUCGCCGAAAAUAACAAAAGAUGGUGUGACAGUAGCCAAAGGAGUAGAACUCAAAGAUAAAUUUCAGAACAUCGGUGCCAAACUAGUCCAAAAUGUAGCAAAUAACACAAACGAGGAAGCCGGCGACGGAACCACAACCGCAACGGUGCUCGCGAGAGCGAUCGCGAAGGAAGGCUUCGAGAAAAUCUCUAAAGGAGCUAAUCCUAUUGAAAUACGGCGAGGAGUCAUGUUGGCCGUAGAUACUGUGAAAGAGAAGUUAAAGAACAUGUCGAAGCCUGUCACCACGCCCGAGGAGAUCGCGCAGGUCGCGACCAUCUCCGCGAACGGCGACACGGCGAUCGGAAAACUGAUCGCUGACGCAAUGAAGAAGGUCGGCCGCGACGGCGUCAUCACAGUCAAGGACGGCAAAACACUCAACGACGAGCUCGAACUCAUUGAAGGUAUGAAAUUCGACAGAGGUUAUAUUUCACCAUAUUUCAUCAACUCAUCUAAGGGGGCAAAGGUUGAGUUCCAAGAUGCAUUAGUUCUAUUUUCAGAAAAGAAAAUUAGUAAUGUACAGACAAUCAUUCCUGCAUUAGAAUUAGCAAACCAACAGAGGAAACCAUUAGUAAUUGUUGCCGAGGAUGUUGAUGGAGAAGCACUGUCAACCUUGGUAGUGAACCGGCUGAAGAUUGGGUUACAGGUUGCUGCAGUGAAGGCCCCCGGUUUUGGUGACAACAGGAAAGCAACUCUUAGUGACAUGGCCAUUGCAACUGGAGGUGUUGUAUUUGGUGAUGAUGCAAAUCUCAUUAGGUUAGAAGAUGUACAAUUAGCUGAUCUCGGCCAGAUUGGUGAGGUUAUUAUCACAAAAGAUGACACACUCCUGCUCAAAGGGAAAGGCAAGAAAGCAGAUAUUGACAGGAGAGCAGAGCAAAUCCGUGAUCAAAUUCAAGAAACUACUUCUGAAUAUGAAAAGGAAAAAUUACAGGAGCGUCUUGCCAGACUCGCAUCAGGAGUGGCUGUCCUACAUGUUGGUGGAUCCAGUGAAGUUGAGGUGAAUGAAAAGAAAGAUAGAGUAAAUGAUGCUUUAAACGCAACUCGGGCUGCAGUUGAAGAGGGAAUCGUACCCGGAGGUGGAUCUGCCCUUCUCAGAUGUAUUCCUGAACUUGACUCAAUAAAGACAGCAAACACUGAUCAAGCGACAGGUAUUGAGAUCAUUAAAAAAGCUUUAAGAAUGCCCUGUAUGACAAUUGCUCGGAAUGCUGGCAUUGAUGGAUCAGUUGUGGUUGCCAAAGUCGAAGAUUUAGGCCCCGAAUUCGGUUAUGAUGCAUUAAACAAUGAGUAUGUAAAUAUGAUUGAAAAGGGCAUCAUUGACCCAACAAAGGUUGUCAGAACAGCUUUAACAGAUGCAAGUGGGGUUGCAUCAUUGCUGACGACGGCUGAAGCUGUUAUUUGCGAUAUUCCUCAAGAAAAGGAGCCUAACCCCAUGGCAGGUAUGGGUGGCAUGGGUGGCAUGGGCGGCAUGGGAGGGAUGAUGUAAGCCUCACAAAGACUUUUGUAACGCAUUUAUAGUGUAAAGAACUAUAUUAAUAAUUUCACAAGUUAAGGGUAUUGCAAUGAAUGUUAUGCAAAGUGAAUGAAUUCUUUUAUUGAUGUCUGAUUGAUUGUGUUAGAUUAGAAAAGACAACUGUCUUAGAAUUAUUUAGUUUAAAGUUUGCUUCAGUGGAGCAGGUGUUAUUUUUAAAAAUAAAUAAUGUUGUUCA